AUGCAGGCGCGUAAGAAGUAUGUCCUGCUGGGGCUGUGUGCUUGCUGCUGGCUGCUGCUCUUCUACUGGGGCGGCGGGGUCCAGGUCCGUCUCUUCAAGCUGCUGGGGCGGCCGAGGGGUCAGGUGGUGCGUCCCUGGCCCAACUGGACCGACCGGGCCUUCCUGCCGGGCUAUGCCCAGCUGGAGGAACUCCAGACAGGGCCGGGUUCCGCCGAGUCCCCCCACCAGCGUCACCAAGCCUGGACGGGCAUCUAUAAAGACAGUCGCUGCCGCAUGGAGACCUGCUUUGACUUUACGAGAUGUCGACGUAGAGGGCGGGAUGGGUUUAGAGUAUACGUCUACCCGUCGGAGAAGGGCGAGCGUGUGUCGGAGAGCUAUCGUAAGAUACUGACGUCUAUAGGCGAGUCGCGGUACUACACCACGGACCCUCGCGAGGCGUGUCUCUUCGUUUUGGGGAUUGACACUCUGGACCGAGACCAGCUCUCGGGGCAGUUCGUGCCCAACCUGGACGAUCGUAUCAAAGGUUACCCGCUCUGGAACGAGGGACGGAACCACCUUGUCUUUAAUCUGUACUCGGGCACCUGGCCCAACUACAAUGAGGACCUGGGCUUCAAUAUUGGCCAGGCCAUCCUGGCUAAAGCCAGCCUCAACACGGAACACUUCAGGCCCGGGUUCGACGUCUCCAUCCCCCUGUUCUCCAAGGAGCACCCCCAGAAGGGGGGCGAGAGGGGCUGGUUGGUGCGAAACACGGUGCCCCCACGCAGGAAGUACCUAUUGAUGUUCAAAGGGAAGCGGUAUCUAACGGGCAUCGGGUCAGACACCCGUAACGCCCUGCAUCACAUCCAUAACGGGAAGGACAUCGUGUCUCUCACCACAUGCCGUCACGGGAAGGACUGGGAGAAACACAAAGAUGCCCGCUGUGACCAUGACAACCUGGAGUAUGAGAAGUUUGAUUACCAGGAGCUGCUCCACAAUUCCACCUUCUGCCUGGUUCCCCGGGGGCGUCGCCUGGGCUCCUUUCGCUUCCUAGAGUCUCUACAGGCGGCGUGUAUUCCAGUGUUGCUCAGUAAUGGUUGGGAGCUGCCCUUCUCUGAUGUCAUCCAGUGGAACCAGGCUGUCAUAGAAGGAGAUGAGCGAUUGCUACUACAGGUCCCGUCUACAGUGCGUGCGGUGGGAAAUGAGCGGGUCUUAGCUCUGAGGCAGCGGACCCAGAUGCUGUGGGAGGCUUACUUCUCCUCCGUGGACAAGAUAGUCCUCACCACACUGGAGAUAAUCAAAGACCGGGUGUUCUCCCACAUCUCCAGAAAUAAGUACAUGUGGAACGCCUUACCAGGAGGCCUGCUCGUCCUGCCAGAGUACUCCACUCACUUGGCCCACUUCCCCUUCUACUACCUGAGCUUAGGGGUCAGUCCAGGUCAAGAGUUCACCGCCAUCAUCCAUGCCAUCUCUCCAUUGGUCUCCCAGUCUCAGCCAAUCAUGAAGCUGCUUCAGGUGGUCUCCAAGUCCAAAUACUGUUCACAGAUCAUCAUCCUGUGGAACAGUGAGAAGCCGCCGCCCCACAGGAGUAAAUGGCCACCCAUGCCUGUCCCCCUCACUGUGACAGACGGUAGGAGGAAGGUGAGUGACAAUGACACGAGCAGUCGUUUCCUGCCCAACGUGGCCAUAGAGACAGAGGCAGUACUGAGUCUGGAUGAAGAUACAGUCCUGCUGACCAGUGAGGUGAACUUUGCCUUCUUGGUGUGGAGGAGUUUUCCUGAGCGCAUCGUGGGCUACCCUCCCAGGAGUCACUUCUGGGACCCGGCCAAGCAUGCGUGGGGGUACACCUCCAAGUGGACUAACGAGUACUCCAUCGUUCUGACGGGAGCAGCCUUCUACCACAGGUACUAUCACUACCUGUUCUCCCACUACCUGCCCCCCUCACUGCGGGCGCUGGUGGACCGCACUUCCAACUGUGAGGACAUCCUCAUGAACUUCCUGGUUUCCUCCGUCACCCACCUGCCACCAAUCAAAGUGGCCCAGAGGAAGCAGUACAAGGAGCUGCCCAGCCCACAGGGUACGAAGAUGAGCGCUCCGUGGGCCAACCCAGAGCACUUUACCCAGAGACAGGAGUGUGUGAACAGCUUUGCCAGAUGGUUCGGCUACAUGCCCCUGGUCCACUCCCAGUUCCGCCUGGACCCCCUGCUCUUCAAGGACCAGGUGUCUGUCCUGCGCAAGAAGUACAAGGAUCUGGAACGUGCCUGACCGAGACAGAAACACUGUGUGGAGGCCUGGUCUGGUGAUACAAGGAUCUGGAACGUGCCUGACCGAGACAGAAACACUGUGUGGAGGCCUGGUCUGGUGAUACAAGGAGGGAGGGGACCUAAAGCGAAGAGAGACUCCGCCUCCAGGGGUCUGAGACAACAGGCUAUUGGAGGAGUAAACAUAUGGAGGAAGCCUUAUGUCCUCUGUGAUUGGUUCUCCAUUGACGGGUGAAUGAACACUUGAAGAUGUCACUCACUCCCAUUGCUGUUUGAAUGGAGUGGAAGGGAAUUUCAUAUCAAAGGAAGGCGCCAAGAGGACAGUUAAUGGUGCAGUGCACUCCAGCUGGUGUAUUUCUACAGUACACCGGCGAGUUGAGAAUGUCGCACAGCGAUUGGUUCAUUUCACAUCACGUAACUGUCAGACCAAUAAAAACGGCAGUAUUCAACACACAUGUAGACUUCUGACAUCACAAAGCAUUAAUUCAACUGCAUUCACCAGACCCUUAAAAGUAUCA